GUCUAUAGCAGCUAAUAUGCGGACUAGCCAGACAAAACACAAGCAAAAACAAGUAACUUGCCUGAUUAAAUUCAGAAAUCAAAAGCAAAGAGUGGACAAGUAAAAAAUUUAAAGUUAUUCACGUGUUAGUUUCUUGCGUAAGUUAGUCUUAAAUGCACUUCGAUUAGUUACGUCUUAAAUUAACGAAAACUGAAGAACCUUAAUGGCGGAUGUUUCUUGGUUGAAGCAAACGGAAGAAGCAUUUGCUAAAAUCAGAGAAGCACAAUCAGAAAUUGGUGUCUUGCAUAAGUUUAUUGUUUUGGCCAGAAUAUGGGACGAUCUAAAGCUUACCAAAUCAGCGCAAGACUUUUGCAAAGAAAUGGUUCGCAUGGACUUUAUCGGCCUAUUACCGUUUCAAAAUGAAUUUCGUGCUAAAGCUAGUACUAAAAUAAUUCUUGGAAUGAUCAAAAGCAUGACGGCUUUCAGCAAAGAAUUGUGUAAAAACAUCAUUUCAAAAAAUCUGCAUAUCCAAUUCGUGAAAUUCCUCGAAAGUAAUUCAGUAAAAAAAGAAAGCAGAAAAAAAAGUCUUGACGUUACCAUAUCAAUAUUAGGAGCAGAAAACCUAGAAAAAAAUCUUGACGUUACCAUAUCAAUAUUAGGAGCAUUGUUUAACAUCCUUCGAAAUUACCCCGAAUCACAGCCAACCAUUCGCGACACUGGGGUUCAGGCGACACUUAGAGAUUUCCUGAGUCGAGAAAAUGUCAUGAUGAAAGCAUUGACAGUCUGGAUCUUCUGCUACGUGCUUGACUGGCGUCUUCCACAAGAUCAGGACUUGGUGACAGCUGUCAGAAAAAGUAUUGAUUUCAUGGUUAACCAACUGUUAGCUAAAUUCACCUUGCCAUCUGAUUGGCAAGCAAAAUUGACUCAAGGAACCCUUCAAAAUCUUGAAUUCACAGCUGACGAAGUGUUUGGGCCUAUGGCGUGUGUGGCAUACAACAGACAAAUUACAGUUGAGCUAUUAAAGCAAGGAGCGAUCUCCAAAUGCGAAUGCAUUUUGCUUCGCAUAUAUGGAACCGAAACGUUUGGUUCUGAUUCUGAAUCCUUUACUAAUAGGGCUUCAAAAGCGGCGCUUACACUCCUAGAACGAAUGAGUCAACAUAGAAUCGGCAACGAGUUGAUUGAUUUCCCGGAGUUGCUAAUGAAGUUUAGCAAGCACCCAAUAGAUGAAAUCAGAGACAUAUCAGGCAGGUUGCUGCAGAUUCCACAACUAAAAGAUGAAGCUGAAAAGUUAUCCCCAGAUAAAGCUGACGACAUUCCCCUAUCACUUCGUAACAUAACAACAAAGAUGAACACUGAUGGUGGAGAUGAUCUUGACUGUUCAAAAAUGAAUUUGGUCAAUCCAGAAGAUUUGAUGGAAAACAGCCCGAAAAAGCAUAUAAUGAUUAGUUAUUCGCACAACGAGAAAGCCGUCGUGAAAAAAAUGGUGGCAGAUCUUCGCAAAAAGAUCAAAGUCGAAAUCUGGAUAGACGAGGAUAAAAUGCACACAGGUCAGGGUCUUGUUGAAGAAAUGGCGCAAGCAGUGGACAAUGCUAGUUGUGUUAUUUGCUGUUAUUCGGACGCGUAUGCAAAAAGCAAAAAUUGCAUGUUGGAGUUCGAGUAUGCCCAGUACACUGACUCAAAGAACAUAGUCUAUCUUCGCGUACAGGAGAACUGCGAGCCCAAAGGGAAACUUGGAAUGUAUCUGGCAGGCAAAUUUUAUUUCGAUCUCUCUACCAACAGUAAGUAUGAUAAGAAUUUUCCCAGGUUGGUCCAAAAGCUGGAAGCAGCUCAUCCUGAAUAACCCGGAACAGUCUGGACCACAACAUUCAACUACACUAGUUGAGAAGUCUCUGUAUGUAAAUAAUGAUAUCAAAGAUAUAGCAUCUACUUUUAUAAAUUGUACUUUGUAACUAUCACUUAACUUUCUUCUCAA